CACCAAGUGAAAAGAGUGAUGACCAUCCUUUUUCUUACUAUGGUUAUUUCAUACUUCAGUUGCAUGAAAGCUGCCCCAAUGAAAGAAGUUAGCCUCAGAGGACAAGGCAGCUUGGCUUAUCCAGGUCUCCGGACACAGGGAAAUCUGGAGAGCAUGGGCGGGCCCAAUGAUGCCACGCGAGGGUUGACAUCUUUGGCAGACACUUUUGAGCAUGUCAUUGAGGAGCUUCUGGACGAGCAGGAGGUCAUCCAGCCCAGCAAGGAAAACAAGGAUGCUGACUUGUACUCGUCUCGGGUUAUGCUAAGCAGCCAAGUGCCUUUGGAGCCUCCACUGCUCUUUCUGCUUGAGGAGUACAAAAACUACUUGGAUGCUGCAAACAUGUCCAUGAGGGUCCGGCGCCACUCUGACCCCGCUCGCCGUGGGGAGCUGAGCGUGUGUGACAGUAUCAGCGAGUGGGUAACAGCGGCGGACAAAAAGACUGCAGUGGACAUGUCAGGGGCAACGGUGACAGUCCUGGAAAAAGUCCCAGUACCCAAAGGUCAACUGAAGCAAUAUUUUUACGAGACCAAAUGCAACUCGAAGGGUUAUACGAAAGAGGGCUGCAGGGGCAUAGACAAGAGGUACUGGAACUCCCAGUGCCGAACUACCCAGUCUUAUGUGAGAGCUCUCACCAUGGAUAAUAAAAAGAGAGUUGGAUGGCGCUUUAUAAGAAUAGACACUUCCUGUGUUUGUACACUGACCAUAAAAAGGGGAAGAUAGUGGAUUCAUGUUGUAUAGAUUAUAUUGAGACAAAAUUUAUCUAUUUGUAUAUAUACAUAACAGGGUAAAUUAUUCAAGUAAGAAAGAAAAUAAUUUUAUGGACUGCAUGUAUAAAUGAAGUUUAUACAGUACAGUGGUUCCACAUUCUAUUUAUUGAACAUAUCCAUGACCUAAAGGGGAGCAAAAGAGGGAGAGAAAAAAAGAUAUCCAUUUGCGCACAAUUUUGAGAGAAAAAAUAUUGCAUUCCAUUCCU